CUCCUUCUCCAAUCGGAAGAAGAAUCGGAGCUCUCCUCUCUCUCCUCUCUCUCUCUCUCUCUCUCUCUCUCUUUAUAUAUAUAUAUAUAUAUCUGAACCAGAGUGCAUCAAAUCUUUACUCUCCUCCUCUCUAUUCUGUGGCGGCCUUCGCGAUAGAAAGAGGAUAACUGGGGUUCUGCAUACAAUUUAACUCACAUACCAGUGGAACCUAUAGUUGUUUUUAAGUUGAUAUAUGCGGUCUAUGUGAGGAUGGGGGCUGCUUGUUGCGUGGCUGCUAGAGACAGAACUAUUACAAAUGGACCAAGUAGUGAAGUUUUACAAAGAAAUGUUAGAUACUCACCAUCAUGGAGCUUUAGGUGGGAUAACCGAGGCCGAGUAGCUGGAGAAGACACUUCUCUGAAUUGGCUUUCUGAUGGAAUCAGCAGGAAUGAUGGCCUGGACAGUAAAUCUGGAAGAACAGUACAAACUACAUAUGCAUCAGAGGAAGGAAGUCCAUUGGACAGUUCCCGGACACUGACAUGGCAGAAGUCCCCAGUCUCUGAAGGAAAUGCUGGAAGUUUAGUUCUUCAUUCUCCAGAACAACCAAAUUCUGGAAAUUUCUCAACAGAGGUGAAAGCGUCAACAGAAUCCCUUGCAGCCUCAGAUCCAUCUCCUGCAAAAUUGUCACCUUCAGUCCAUUCAAUUUCAUCAUUAUCUGCAUCCCCUUUAUCAUCCAAAAGCCACCUCCUCCCUGCUAAUUCAGUGCCGUCACGAUGGUCCUAUUGUUCCCCAAGACAUCAGAUGUUUCGGCAAGUAUCAGAUAGCCGGAUUACAGGACACAAGUCACCAAACUUUUCUAUUUCUGAAGAAACAUCUUACUUACACCCUGGAUGGAGCAAUGAAUCAACCAGGGGUUCCAAUGGUGGGUCUUCAGACAGUUGGUCCAUACCUGCCUUAUCUGAGUUAAUGGCAUCUUCUCACCAGGGAAGUUGGUCUUUUGAUAGUGAGUCCUUGGCCUUCAACCGUGAGAAGAUGACUAGAUCCAGUAGUCGGCUCUCAUCAUCUCAAUCUAUUGAUGUGCAAACUUGUGGAGUUUGCUCAAAGCUCUUAACUGAGAAAUCCUCAUGGGCUACCCAGAAAAUUAUUGCUACUAAUGAGCUUGCUGUGGUUGCCGUUCUAAUUUGUGGGCAUGUUUACCAUGCUGAAUGCUUGGAGAAUAUGACACCUGAAGUCAACAAGUACGACCCCGAUUGCCCAGUAUGUACUUUUGGGGAGAAGCAGGUCCUGAAGUCGUCUGAAAAAGCAUUAAGAGCAGAAAUGGAUUCUAAGGCCAGAAACAAGAGAUCAAGGAACCGGAUUGUGAACAGUAAUUUCAAUGACGUUUCUGUUGUAUUUGAUCAUCAGAAGAGUGGCAGACUUGAGGGGAAAGGUCCCAAGACAAUCUCAAGUUCCAGCGUGAAGAACUCGUUUGGGAAGCCUUUCUUGAGGCGACACUUCUCAUUUGGGUCAAGAGGGACUACUAGAUCCUUGUUAGAAAAUCACUCUACUCGAAAGAAGGGGUUUUUCUGGUCAAAGUCCAGCAAGUAGGCUCUGUAUGGCUUUUUAAAUAUAUAGGUUGUUCUGCCAUUGAUCUCUUCACAUAAAUCUGGUUGGCCUGUGAGCUAUGAAGGAAGCAAAGGACCACGCUGGUGGUUCUUGUUAAUAAUUCUCUCUCCCUCAUGGCCUGCAACAUCAAGCAACAAUUCUUGGCUUCUAAAAUGUACACUGUACAGGAGAGAAAGAAUGCAUACAAAGGAAAAAGAAUGAUAUAAGUAUGUUUGAGGAAGAAGGGAAAUGAAUGAUUUGACUCUUUUGUACAUUUUUUUUUAUAAUUCUUCUUUUGCAUGGAUUAGUUCAUUAUGUUAUCCUGAAAAAUUGUUGUAUGAUUCAUAAUAGUAGUAGUAGCUGGUUCUGAUUGCAAGGAAAAGGUCGCUGUGGCUGUGGACUCUGGUGCCCACUCUUUUUGAGGGCUUUUUAACUAUUACUAUAGUUGUGUAAUCAGAACAUCCAGGAACUUGGCUUGCCUGGUAGCUACCUCUACCUGAUAGUCAAGUUGUUUAUGGAUACAUAUACCGAUUGAACAUUGUAUAUGCAUAUACUUAUAUUGCUGAUUUGUAUCUUUCCUA